GUUGUGAGCUGCGGCAGAGACUGGUGGCUGGAGGAGACGCCGGCGCUGGAGAGUGCGCUGCGCCGCCGGCCGCUGAGGGACCGCGGGGUUCGCCACUGCUGGCUGCUUCCAGUGUUCGCCGAGAGGAAGCGCGGGGGAGUGCGACCGCCUCAAAUCCAGCCUUCUUGUUUGGUGGGACGACCGUCGGUUCUGUCCGGGAGGAAUGACGGGGUCAAGCUACAGACUGGGUCCACCAGCUAAGAGGUGUGGAAAUUAAAAGAACACACAUAUUUUGACUGGGGCUUUGAUCAACCAAAUGCUAAAAAGCCACAUAAAGAAGAUCCCUAAUAGUCAUUUCUCAACAAUUAUAUAGUCAACUGAUGUAACAAUGGUACUAAUAUUGGGACGCAGACUAAACAGAGAGGAUCUUGGGGUGCGUGAUUCCCCGGCAACUAAGCGUAAAGUUUUUGAAAUGGACCCCAAAUCUCUGACAGGUCAUGAGUUUUUUGACUUCUCUUCAGGAUCAUCCCAUGCCGAAAACAUACUCCAGAUAUUUAAUGAAUUUCGUGAUAGCCGCUUAUUCACAGAUGUUAUCAUUUGUGUGGAAGGAAAAGAAUUUCCUUGCCAUAGAGCUGUGCUCUCAGCCUGUAGCAGCUACUUCAGAGCUAUGUUUUGUAAUGACCACAGGGAAAGCCGAGAAAUGUUGGUUGAGAUCAAUGGUAUUUUAGCUGAAGCUAUGGAAUGUUUUUUGCAGUAUGUUUAUACUGGAAAGGUGAAGAUCACUACAGAGAAUGUACAGUAUCUCUUUGAGACAUCAAGCCUCUUUCAGAUUAGUGUUCUCCGUGAUGCAUGUGCCAAGUUCUUGGAGGAGCAACUUGAUCCUUGUAAUUGCUUAGGAAUCCAGCGCUUUGCUGAUACCCAUUCACUCAAAACACUCUUCACAAAAUGCAAAAAUUUUGCGUUACAGACUUUUGAGGAUGUAUCCCAGCAUGAAGAAUUUCUUGAGCUUGACAAAGAUGAACUUAUUGAUUAUAUUUGUAGUGAUGAACUUGUUAUUGGUAAAGAGGAGAUGGUUUUUGAAGCCGUCAUGCGUUGGGUCUAUCGUGCCGUUGAUCUGAGAAGACCACUGUUACAUGAGCUCCUGACACAUGUGAGACUCCCUCUGUUGCAUCCCAACUACUUUGUUCAAACAGUUGAAGUGGACCAAUUGAUCCAGAAUUCUCCUGAGUGUUAUCAGUUGUUGCAUGAAGCAAGACGGUACCACAUACUUGGGAAUGAAAUGAUGUCCCCAAGGACUAGGCCACGCAGGUCCACUGGCUAUUCUGAGGUGAUAGUUGUCGUUGGAGGAUGUGAGCGAGUUGGAGGAUUUAAUCUUCCAUACACUGAGUGCUACGAUCCUGUAACAGGAGAAUGGAAGUCUUUGGCUAAGCUUCCAGAAUUUACCAAAUCAGAGUAUGCAGUCUGUGCUCUAAGGAAUGACAUUCUUGUUUCAGGUGGAAGAAUCAACAGCCGUGAUGUCUGGAUUUAUAACUCACAGUUAAAUAUUUGGAUCAGAGUUGCCUCUCUCAAUAAAGGCAGAUGGCGUCACAAAAUGGCUGUCCUCCUUGGUAAAGGGUUUCUUAAAACUUCUAUACUAGGCCAGUCGUGGUGGCUCACACCUGUAAUCCCAGCACUUUGGGAGGCCAAGGUAUAUGUUGUCGGUGGCUAUGAUGGGCAAAACAGACUCAGCAGCGUAGAAUGUUAUGAUUCCUUUUCAAAUCGAUGGACUGAAGUUGCUCCCCUUAAGGAAGCCGUGAGUUCUCCUGCAGUGACUAGCUGUGUAGGCAAACUGUUUGUGAUUGGUGGAGGACCUGAUGAUAAUACUUGUUCUGAUAAGGUUCAAUCUUAUGAUCCAGAAACCAAUUCUUGGCUACUUCGUGCAGCUAUCCCAAUUGCCAAAAGGUGUAUAACAGCUGUAUCCCUAAACAACCUGAUCUAUGUUGCCGGUGGACUGACCAAGGCAAUAUACUGUUAUGAUCCAGUUGAAGAUUACUGGAUGCACGUACAGAAUACAUUCAGCCGUCAGGAAAACUGUGGUAUGUCUGUGUGUAAUGGUAAAAUAUAUAUCCUGGGCGGAAGACGGGAAAAUGGAGAAGCCACAGACACUAUUCUCUGUUAUGAUCCUGCAACAAGUAUCAUCACAGGGGUAGCUGCAAUGCCCAGGCCAGUGUCCUAUCAUGGCUGUGUGACUAUUCAUAGAUACAAUGAGAAAUGCUUUAAACUCUGAAGACAGGAUACCUCACCGAAGAAGCCACACUGAUCCAAGAUGGGAGGUUUUAAAAACUCUAGAGUGGGAACUUCACAUAUCUCCUUUGUGCCAUAUGCAAAAAAAUAGUAAAAAUAAUAAUUUGGUGCCUUUCUCCUCAAAAUAUCAAUCUUUCAAACUAUAAUAAAGCCUUUCCUAUAAUUGAAAAAAAAACUUUUUUGUUAAAGGUAAUGGUGGUUGUUACUUGGCCUUUGAAGAGUGUACCUUUGUAAGUAUUUGUAAGAAGUCUAUGUGAAUUAGGAAAUGUCUGUCUGCAUACCUUUUAGGAACGUGUGAAUGGUGUCUUCACUUAUUAUGUAUGUUUAUCUGUAUGUAUAUUCCUUAUUUUGUCAUAUAUGUAGAGAAAAUUGCAUGACUUGAGGCAUCAUUUAGGUUGAAGAAGUUAAUGCUUAGAAUGCAUUCUAGGAGAAAAAAUCAGUUUUAAAAACCUUUGUUGCUAACAAAGUAUAUCCAGAUUGGUUAAUUUUAUUGAAGGGUUUUUUUCUGUAAUUGAUAAAAAUGUAAUGACAACAAUUCAGGCAUCAUAAAAUAUUGAACUAUUGUGACUUUAUUCUUAGAAUUGCUGUCUUACAUUAAACAUGUUUUUAGGGGGAAGUUAGGUAGGAGAUAGAAAAAUAAGUGCCCCUACAAGGGGGAUUAAAAUUACAAGUUAAUUCCUAAGAGAAAAAUGGAAUGGCCUUUGAAGGAAAAAUGACCCCCUAUGGCUCUCAAAGUUUUUAUGCAUCAUCUCUUCAAUCCUCUAAGAAAGCUUCUUUUCUUAACUUGAUAAAGCAGUUGAAACCCAUUUUGCAAUAUUGUUUUGUGAAAAACAGGGACAGACAGCCAGGCACAGAGACUCACACCUGUACUCCCAACUACUCAGCAGGCUGGGGCAGGAGGAUUGCUUGAGCCCAGGAGUCUGAGGCUGCAGUGAGCUAUGAACGCACACGGCACCCUAGCCUGGGCAACAGGGUGCAACACUGUCUCAAGAGAAAAGAAAAAGAAAAAUAGGGGUAGGUUUUCCUUCCUAGCCCAGUAGAGUUUGACCUCAUUAGUAUGGUGCUUUGGGUGAGGACCUCUUCCUUGAUUAUCCCACUUUCUAGUGAACAGCUAAAAUUCCUGAGAGUCUCUACUGUUAAGGUACCUUUAAUAGGAUAAAGCAGGGACCACCUAUCUCAGUGGGUCCAUUUUUCUUUUAAAAUUAGUUAUCUGAAAAAACUUAGCAGUAGUUCCCAUCUUUAAGGUAAGUCUUUCAUUUGGUCCCCAUUGUGUAAAAUACUAAUCAACAUUUUCAAGCUUCUGUACAACAGACUGCUUUUGUCUAGAUUCUCAACUCCACUUUAUAAAGCUUAUCAGUUUUCAGAGAGGAAUGUGAAUUUUUUUUUCUAAUGCAAAUAGAUGGAUAUGGCAGGAACUACAGCAUAAGUGAUUAUUGUGAUUCUGGGUGGACGGAUAUAAUUUACAACAUUUAGGGAUGUUCUAGGUAGCCUGCUGUAGUUUGACUUCCAGUCACUGUUGUCUUUCACAUUAUAAUUUGUAUAUUUCUUGUGAUAGAAGGGAUGAUGCAAAUAUGUAAUUAGAGUGUCACCAGAUUUCUGUUAAAACCAAGGUUGAAAUAAAAAGCCUAACAUUGGUAA